AUGAACAGCGAAAUUGUGGUCAUCAAAGCGAGAUACAACCUCGGUAAAAGGAAAAUUGCUCGUAAGCUUCUUAUUAAAAAGGACAUCAAGUUGGUGGAUUUAGAAGAUAAACUACAUGAUCGUUUCGACGUCAACUACGACAAGAAAAUCGAAAUUUAUUAUUUGGACGAGGAAAAGGAUUACGUUGCUAUUACCCAUCAGGAAGAAUUGGCCCUUGCCAUGGAAACGGAGGAUUCAUUAACAUUGGAAUUGAUCGUCAAGAGUAAGAUUGUCGAAUCUUUCUGCACUUACCCGAAGAUUUCUAGGGGAAAUCCCGGUGAUAUUAUAGAUGUUUUAAUUGAAGAUCAAUGGCUUACACUAUCCAAUGCACUAAGAGACGAUACGAAGGCUUGGGGAACUCACAUUUACACCGAAGAUUCGGAUGUCGUAAAAGCCCUGGCUCACUCGGAGAAGAUUGAUUUGGCCGAUUUGCCCCCGCAAUAUAACAUCGUUGCCACCUUACGUUUCUUACCUGGCUGCAUUAAGUAUAUCGGUUCAACUGUUCAAGGAAUAACCACCUUAAAUUAUGGUCCUUACGAUUUGAGCUACAUCAUUGAAGAUGUGAGAGCUGUCCCUUUGGAUAAUUAA